AUGGAUUGGGAAGAGGUGACCAAGCUCAGGUUGUUUCAACUCAAUGAAAUGGAUGAAUUUUGGUACCAGGCAUAUGAGAGUGCUGCACUUUAUAAAGCGAGGAAGAAGCAGUAUCAUGACAAGAAAAUCCUGAAGCGAGAAUUCUACAAGGGUGAUCCUGUCUUGCUGUUUAACUCUUGGUUGAAGUUGCUACCGGGCAAGCUAAAAUCAAGGUGGUCUGGUCCGUUUGAGGUGGUAGGUGUUUCACCCCAUGGGGCGAUUGAACUGAAGUCCGGAGAUGGAACUCGGACAUUUAAGGUGAAUGGGCAGAGGGUGAAGCAAUAUCACGAAAUAUUUGAUGGGGAUAGAAUUGUUGACCGAUAUCGGUUGAAGCACCUUGGAACAAAUAUUGACCAG